AUGGGAAACUCAACAGAGAUUGUGUCAUUUGUGCUGGCUAUGUACGGUAACAUGGGAAACUUUAAGCACCUUUAUUUCCUCCUGGCAAUGCUUCUAUACAUAUCAGUCAUUUUUGCCAACUUUGUUCUUAUUGUCAUUAUUUAUGUGGACAGAAAUCUGCAUGAGCCCAUGUAUUUAUUCCUGUGCAGUCUGUUUAUUAAUGAAAUAUACGGCUGCACGUCUUUGCUGCCCUGCUUGAUGGUACACAUUCUGUCAGAGACUCAUGAAAUUGCUUUCUUUUACUGCUUCAUUCAGAUAUUCAGCAUGCAUACAUAUGUGGCUGCUGAAUUUGGAACUCUGACAGUAAUGGCAUAUGACAGAUACGUAUGUAUUUGUAAGCCUUUACAUUACAAUAUCAUGAUAACCAAUAGAAAAGUAAAAAUUGUCAUACUUGUCAUUUGGAUGGUUUCGUUCAUAGAAGUUGGAGUUUUGUUGUCUUUUACUAUUCAUUCAAAGUUUUGUGGGGCUGUUAUCAACAAAGUUUCUUGUGAUAACAAUCUUGUGGUUGAACUUUCUUGUUCACCAAACAGAACGUUGUCAUAUAUUUACGAUGUUGUUUUUGGCCUUCUUUUCACCGUCACUUUUCCUCUCAGUUUCAUUUCAUACACAUAUGUUAGAAUUAUUGCUGUGUGCUUAAAAGCUUCCAAAGAGACCAGAAUGAAAGCGUUUGAUACCUGCACUCCACAUUUUGUUUCACUCAUGAGCUUUGUCUUUGCCUGUUUUUAUAACCUGAUCAGUCAAAGAUUUGACAUGACAUUUGUUCCUUAUGAACUGCAUGUUAUUUUCUCAUCGUGUUUACUGAUAAUUCAACCUCUUUUAAAUCCAAUGAUAUAUGGUCUUAAGUUAUCAAAGAUUAGGCAUGCUUUUAAGCUUUUUUUAAAAUUAAAACAUUAA